AUGAUAUUGUGCAUGGAUUACCUCAGUGUGGUGCGAGAGAAUUAUCAGCUUGUAUCCAGCCUCAGGAGUGACACCAUGAGUUCUGCAGGUUCCCCUAAAGGAUGUGGCCCCGACGUCAGCUCUGUCUUCUACAACCUCUGUGAUCUGACCACAGUUUGGGGGAUUGUGGUGGAGACUGUUGCGGCCAGUGGCAUGGUGACCUCUUUCCUUCUGUUCAUCGCACUCAUGGGCUGCCUUACUUUUGUAAGCGACAAGAAGCGCAAGGGCAUGGUGGCUCUGCAAGCUGGCAUUCUGAUCUUCACUCUGGGACUCUUUGGUCUCACGUUUGCCUUUAUUGUGGGCAAGUACACCACCACCUGCUCAGCUCGAAGGUUCCUUUUCGGAGUCUUGUUCUCGGGAUGCUUUGCCUGCCUGGUGAUGCACGGGCUGUGGCUUGCAUUGCUAGAGAGAUACAUCAAAGGGCCCAGGAGUUGGACCUUGUGCCUGGGUGCUCUGGGACUCUGGCUGGUGGAGGUCAUCAUCAAUACAGAGUGGCUCGUUCUGACUGUAGCUCCACGUCCCAGAGAUGACCUGCCAGACCUGUCCUGCAUGAUAACCAACACGGAUUUUGUCAUGUCUCUUAUUUACGUCAUGGUUUUGCUUGUAGCUGUGGUGGCAAUGGCUGCACCUGCCGUCAGACACAAGCACAAGCAAUGGCGUGCAGAUGGAGUCUUUAUUCUUCUAACCGGCCUUUUCACAUUGGUAAUAUGGACAGCUUGGAUCAUUAUGUACUUAUAUGGCAACGGAGCUCUUGGAGAUUCUUCAUGGGACGACCCGACCUUGGCAGUAGCAGUGGUGUACAAUGCCUGGGUGUUUCUCUUCUGCUACAGCAUCCCAGAGAUCUUCCUCCUGACCAGAGAGGACCCAGACCGGGAGCAGCCCCCCGAUGGAGAGCUUGUCUACCCUGCCCGUAGUUUGGUGUAUGACAACACUAAAGAGGUGGAUGAAGCUGCACAAAACGUGUAUCUGGAAAACAAGGCCUACUCCAUGGAUGAAUCUCCAGAAUCAUCAAAGUCCCCAUAUGCAGCUUUUAAUGGUCAUUUAAGAAAAAAUGUGUAUCAACCCACUGAAAUAGCCCUUAUUGCUAAUGGUCUAACUAUGAUGGAUCAAGAAAUAAGGAUCCCAAGAGCCAACACUCCUAGUUUAAAUCCAGGAAACAGCUCAGUGGUUCUUCCAUGUCAGCCUUAA